UCAUAAAUACCCCCAUAUCACUCACUAUUGAAAAAAAAACAGAUUUGAUGGUGUCAAACUAAAAACCAAUUUUGUUUACUUUCAACUAAAAACAAAAAUUGACUAAUUAACGCCACGACAACACAAAAAUGGCGUGGAUAUCGGGCUUAGCAGACAAAGCCGAAAAUAUUUUAAACAAGUUAGAUAAAAAUGCCGCCACUGCAUUGCAAGUAGCAGCUACUUCAGGAGGCGAUGGUGAUAGUGGCGAAGGUAACGCUUUGGAAGCGAUGCGACGCAACUUAUCCAAUAGUAAAUUGUCAUUAAAAACAGGAUUUUCCCCAAUCAAAGCAAGAGGUAAUAUUAGUGCCAAUAUGAGUAAAUCAGUAGAAGGUGAUACGGAUGUUUUAAACGCUUCAUAUCACACUGCAUUGCCUGAGUCAGUGGAAGCAAGCGAUAAAGUUGAAUGGCAUAUAAACUCUACUGUUUCAUCACGACGCAGUUCCACCAAUUCACGUCCCGAUGCUGUGGCGAUUGAAGUGGAAGAAACAAGUCCGAAACAUGACAUACUGAAAAAUGUUGAUACAGAAGGAUCUCUUCUAACUGGAACGCAGGAAAGUCAAGAGUUGAUGGCAUUUAAAAUUGCAUUAAGCGAAGUGACUAGCGAACGUGACAACUUGAAGGCACGCUUGACAAAAAUAAACCGUGAUAAUGAAAAAACCGCAUUUCUUACAAAAAUACAAAGUUUGGAGACACUAUUACAACGUUUAACCGAAGAGCGUGAUCAAACACAAUAUGAACUGGGCAAAGCACAGGGUGCCAACAGUGUAUAUGCGCAUACAAUUUCAGAGCUCGAAACUAAUUUAGCUAAACUGCAACAAGAGUACUUGGAGACGGCACAUAAAUUGCAUAUGCAAAUGAAGGAAACGGAGCAGCUCCGAAAAGAACUUCAAGAAUAUCGACAUAAAGCGCAGCACUCACUGCAAAUAAAGGACAACCUUAUAGCCGAACUAAAGGCAAAUGGUGUAACAGCUGGCUCAGCAACAAAAAGCGAAGAUGAAAAUGAUUUGCGGUUGCUGCAAAUGGAGCUGGACGCUUUAAAGCAUGAACAUCAGCAAACCUUAGAUGAAAGUAGUACUUUGCGUAUGCAAAUAGAAGAAUUACGACAUGAUUGGCAAGUGGUUAAUGAACAACACACCACAUAUAUGGCAAGUACACGCGCAGCUGAAGAAACGUUAAGAAAAGAAUUACGUACGGAACGUGAACGUUUACUCGCAACAGAAUCCGAACAACGUGUACAAGCGCAAGAGUUGGCAAAGUUACGACAGCAGCUCAGUAAUCAAAUGGCUGCAGCUGCGACACGCCUUCAAGAAAAGGAUUCACAACUAGAAAAGCUACGUGCUGAGGUGCAACGGCGCAUCGCAACAGUGCAUGUCGCAGAUGGUGCAGCGGUAGCUACGUUUGAAGAGCGCAUUAAGGUGCUCACACAAACAUUGGUGGAUAAACAGCAAACUGUCGAACGCAUCACAUCCGAACGGAAUGCUUUACGCAUACAACUGGAGAAAAUGCAAGAUCAACUGCAACAGCAAUACGCUUAUAACAAUAAGCCGCUUUCGCGUAACUCAUUGUUAUCCAAUACAACUGAUGACAUCAAAGCACAGUUUCCACUUCUGAUGCGUGAGAAUCCUUUCGACAACCGUGUGGCCCGUCGUGUUAAACGUGUCUACUCUUCACUCGACUCUGCUGGCAUUCGCUUAGGCGCCUUCCUUCGACGUUAUCCGCUAAUGCGUAUAUUUGUGCUCAUGUAUGUUGGCCUCUUGCAUUUGUGGGUUAUGUUUGUGUUGAUCUCAUCGUCUCCAAAUUAAAACCACUUCAAUAAGUAAUCAAAUAUUUAAAUUUAAUAGUGUUUACACUAAACUUAUGGACAAUAUUUUAAAUAACCAUAAAAAAAGUUGUAUUAUAUAUAUAUAUGUAUGUAUUGUAAUUGUAUUGUCAUCUACACAUUAUUGGUGUUUAGCUGUAUAAUCAACUAUUAUAUAUAUAAAGAGAACAAUUUCUUGUUAAUAUUAUAUUUCUCGUUUUAGUGGAAUUUAAAAACAAAACUUUAAAUCGAAGUGUUUAAUUAUACGUAUAUUCAUAUGAUCAUAACCAAAUUUAGCACAUACUUAAAUCAAUAUAGUCGCAUAUAAAAGUAAGUUUCCUUUCGUAAACAAAAUAGAUCAGCUAAUUUUCCUGUGUAGAGUCGAUUUUGCCCGAAUUGACGGCAUCGAGCGUUUCUCUCCGCUCUCUUGAAGCUAAACAGAUUGUUGCAGUAUUGUUAAUGUUUAAACCGAGUAAAGUGCAACUAAUUCUUUUAGCAAGUAAA